AUGGGUGAAAAAAAGGGAGAUGAGAAAAUUACAGUGAUAAUAAGAGAAGUGAAUGAAGAAAGAGACACAGAAAUGGUGGAAAAACUGGAGAGAAGCUGUGAAAUUGGGUCUAAAUUAGGAGGGGCAUCCAUUUUUACCGAUAUGAUGGGCGAUCCUCUUUGUAGGAUCAGAUUCUACCCACUUCAUAUUAUGCUGGUGGCUGAGCUGCCGGAAAAGGGCGACGUCGUGGGAGUGGUUAGAGGCUGUAUUAAGUCUGUGGGGACUGGCGGCGCCGCCGCCGGAGAAGCUAAUACCACGAGGAUUGGUUGCAUAUUGGGGCUUCGUGUUUCGCCUGCUCACAGGAGGUUGGGAAUUGGACUAAAGCUAGUACACUCAGUUGAAGAAUGGGUAAUAAGAAAUGGAGCUCCCUAUGCAUUUCUAGCAAUAGAGAAGAAGAACAAAGCCUCAAAGAAUCUCUUCACUCGCAAAUGCAACUAUGUAAAAUUCAGCUCAUUAGUGAUAUUCAGAAAGCCAAUUGUGUUCCCAACAAAAGACAUCACUAAUGGGGAAAUAAAGACAGAGAAACUGAACAUAGAGCAAGCAAUAUCAUUCUACACAAACUGUCUCACAGCUAAAGGAGUUUAUCCAAUGGAUUUUGAUGUGAUUUUGAAGGAAAAACUGAGUAUUGGCACAUGGGUUUCUUAUUUCAAUCAAGAAGAUUGGACCCAUUUGAUUUGUUCAGAGAAGGAUUCAGAGAUUUACCAGAGAAUGCCAAGCUCUUGGGUGGUGUUUAGCAUAUGGAAUACCUGCAAGGCAUAUAAGUUUCAGAUAAGGGAAUCAAAAAAAGAUGAAUUAUUGUUACCUCUAAGGUUCUUGAAAAGUGCAAGAAAAAAGUUCAUUUCCUGCUUCAAAAUGCCAGAUUCUGUGUCGUUUGGGAAGUCAUUUGGAUUCUUCUUCCUGUAUGGGAUAUUUGGGGAGGGGGAGAGAGUUGGAGAGCUUGUCGAGUCGAUAUGGCUUUUCGCUUCGAGAUUGGCUGAAGAAGAGAACGACUGCAAGGCCAUUGUCACCGAACUAUCUGUUUCUGAUCCAAUCAUAAACCACGUCCCACAAAACAAUAAAUCCAUGUCUCGCAUCAACGAUAACUGGUACCUGAAAAGAUUGAGUGUACAGAGUAGUGAUGAUAAAAGGGAUGAAAUGUUGUUGUCAAAGGAUAUGGAAGCAGCUGCAAAUGUGAUUGUUGACCCCAGAGACUUCUAG